CAUAUCUGCUCGGGAACUUCAUAGCAUCGAACCGCUCAGAGACCUUGGAAAAUCUUCGUAGCAUCUCAGCAGCCCAUCGUAUUCUCAUCAGGCCCAUCCUAAGCGCCAACCGCUUCAGGACCAUCGAGACUGGGGCAUCCCAACGUCAGAUACGAUGAUCAACGGUAUAGACGCUCUCAUCUCUGAGCGUAACCUGCUCCAGACUUGUCCGCUGAUCGCACUCAAGGAUACUCGUAUCGGUAUAGACCUCGAUGUCUACCUGCACUCCCUCCUCACUAAUCCAGAGUCGUAUGAACCCUUCGUGGCAGCCUUGGGCGGAGCCCCUCUGUCCCUCAUCUCCUACAUUGUGGACGACUUGAAGAAUCUAGAGCACAAGAGGAUCAAGCCGGUGUUCGUCCUCUCUGGUCUUCCACCUGCAAGAAAGACAAGACCCUUCCAGUUGGACGACCCCAAGACGAGGCUCCGAGGUCUGGCAUGGGAGGCAUACGAGGAAGGAGAUGUGGAAAGAAUGCAAGAUCUCCUUACCAAGAGCGGCAGUUUAGAUACUAGCGAUCUCAUCAGAAGCGUGCUCAGGGCCUUUAGGCAACGCAACGUUGAGUUCAUUGCUGCCCCUUAUCUCGCCAGUGGUCAGCUCGUGUCGCUCGAGCGACAUCCUCGCGGCUACGUGCAUGCGCUUUGGGGCUCUACCUCGCUCUUCCUGUUCCAGCGAGUAGACCGGGUCAUUCAGUCCAUGAACCUCUCGGCUGGAACUUUCACAUACGUCUCAAAGGCCAGCGUCAUGUCUGAACUCGGCGUGCGCAACGAAGACGAAUUCCUUGAUGUCGGUAUUCUGGCCGGAUGGGAGCAUGGCACAACCUUUCCUCCCUUGGCAGAUGGAACACUGGGUCCGUUGCCAGCGGGAGCUGCUGCUGCCGCUGCCGCCGCAUCACAGGGCAAAGAAGGAGCUGGAGCGCCUCUUUCACCAGAGCAUAAGCCCGUCAAUCUCAGGCACUUGGUGGAAGCUCUACGACAAUAUAGGGGAGGCGUCGGGCUCUGUCAUGCUUUCAGCGAGCACCCGGAGGUCAAAGCAAGGCAAUACAUCGACCAAUUCUACAAGUCAAGGAGCAUGAUCAAAUUCAGCAUGGUCGUAAGAGCAGAAGAUGGCGCCGUGCUACCGCUCCCACUGGCCAGCAGCCCCACUAUGAACCUCUCCUCUGCAGGCAGCAACGGCGCCUUGAUCCCGAAUGGUCCUCCUACCAAUAGCAUCCCUAGCCAUUCGGAGAUCCCUUCCGACCUCGAUCAGAUCUUCUCCGCCCAUCUACCAGACGAGGUCUUUCUUCAUAUAUCGCGAGCCCUCAUUUCUUCGCACGUCCACUCUUGGCUGACAAGUGGCUACCUCGUCCAGUCUGCACCUCUGGACAAUGGAGAGACGGCUGAAUAUCGUCAUUUCGUCCGAGAUGCCCUCACGGAGCAGCCUCAGAGCCCCAAUUGCGUCGCCAUCGCCCUAGCAUGCUCAGCUCUGCACCCUUACUGGGGAUCUCGGAGGGUCAACGUCGUCUACUGGUGGGCACCUGACAGCGAACGGCCUAUUCCACACGACUCGAAAGCGACGCAGCAACUCAUAUCGCGAGUCCACCAAUGGAACGUGCCGGUGACCUUUGUUGACGAAGAGCUCAGGAGACAAAACUCUAGUACCAUUGACAUUGCCUUGUGUCUCGGAGCUACCGGAUCCAACGAGCUUGCGAACCGUACCAAGACGCCACGGCGGCAACAGUCGGGAAGCCAGCUAGAGAAGAAAGACGAGAUUGUCGCAAACAUCAUCUGGAGGAUGCUCGAGCUUCGAGGCUUCCUCAACCACGAUCAUCUGCACACUCCCUAUGCUCGGGCUCUACACCUCGGGCUGAGAUUGUCGAGGCUGAACGACAAGCUGCAAGAGCCCCUGUACCUAGCCUUCGAGCUGAUCCGAGCUGGUGCUCUCCACGCCAACUUCUACACCUGGCCUGCCACUGCUCCCAGCACAGAUGGAGCUGGCAAGCGAAACGGAGUGCAGUCCUCAUCGACGACGCAGGCUGGUGUUCCUGGAGAGCCGCACGUCUUCUCCGGUGGACCCUCGUAUGGCGAGACGGACGAGGAGAAGAAGUACCUCUUGCUGGUCAUGAGGUCGCUUUCCCUGCUGCCUAUGCAGUACAAGGCCGAGCCCUGGACCGCCCCUGUUUCACGAGAAUUGCUCGUCUUCAACUCCUUUGUCAAGAGCAUGGGCCGUUCCAUGCGCCACCUCGUGGAGAUGAUUGCCUCUACGAUGCUCCUCCGUGGUGAUGCCCGGCGUGCCAGGGACGACUAUCUGGACAUUGGUCUCUCCCUACCCUUUCAGAGCGACACCAAUACCGGUCUAGGCGUGGUGAUCAAGUGCUACAUUGAAGCCUUUCUCGCCUUUCACGGUGCUGCCCCCACUGAAGAGGAAGUGGCUCGAGGGGACAGUGAAGUGAAGGAGUCCAAGGAAAAUGUAUUGAGCAUGCUCGAAGGGACAUUUGGAAACGUGAGGGAUGUGAGGAAUGAAUUGCAGAGGGGAUUUAGGUAUUGGGCUUGCCUAAUGGUAGGUGUGAGGCAAUUGGUUGAAAAGGAGAGCAUCUCAAAGGACUUGGCGCAGCAGUUUGAGGGAGCGGACAAGUGGCUAAAGCCUUUUAGCGUCUAAGUGGUUGGCAGGAAUGGGGUUUCAAUUGUCACGAGAGAGAUAAGGAAAGGAGGAAGGGAAAGGAGGCAUUGUGCAUUCAAGGGUUCAUUCAUGUCCUCCCUCCCGUCAUCAAAACAAACUUUCACUCAAGCUGUUGUGAGCAUCAAGCUGUCAAAAGCGUCACCACCCGAGGA